UGCGAUGUCAGGCUCUAAUCCAGUUCUUCACUUCUACCAAUCAGUAAUCAGCAAUGUCCUCACAAAUGUCAAAGAUCUCUUCAUCAACGAAGGUCUUGACGAACAGAUCCUUGUUGAACUCGAUCAGUCUUGGCGGGCUAAACUUGGGGCAUCAAAGGCAGUGACAGGCCACACACGUGAGCGUCGGCAUUACCUCAACCAAUACUAUCAACUACAAGCUCAGGCAACAUUUUCAAAUAAUUCUUCAACUGCACCAAUCCGGGGUCCUGCCAACUCAAUUUUGAUGCCUGUGGUGAUGACAUCAGAACAAUCCCUUGCAAGCAAUCCAUACGCAAUCCACAACCUGAUUGGCCAGCCUCAUGGAAUGCCCAACCAGGCAGGUUACUCCUCAACUAACGAAUCGACUCCAUCAAAAAGAAUGGCAAUGAAUCCUUCUCAGGUGGAAAAGGACUAUGGAACUAAUCACUCACUAUCUCUGCAAAAGUUUGAGCAUCCAUAUAGAGAUUCUGCCACUAUUGUUGAAAAAUUUUCCAUCAAUUUUAUCAAUGUUAAAAAUAUUGUAAAUUUUGCUUUUUAUGGAAGGUUUAAUCAUAUGGGCGCCCCUGCAGAAAAUAACAGUACGAGUCUCGAGGAAGCAGGAAAUUUUUCUGUCGGGGUGUACGAAAUCACGGAAAAUUUCGUGAUUACUCCUAUUGAUGGAAUGGCAGAUGUUAUCAUUCAACUUAUCAAACAUCGUAAACUUUUCCACAAAACGCUGCAAAACCAACAUACUUUUUCGCGAAAAGUCACGUCUGGCAAUAAGGUGAAUUUUGGAUGUAUUCCUGAAAAAUGGUACUCCGAACCUGAAAUAAAGUAA